AUGACAUCUCAGAUCGAUGGAGACAGGCUAUCGCAGAUAACACAAGCUCUCGAAGCUACCUACGAUGCGCGUUCGACCAACGAUACACGAAGAGCAGCUCUCGAAUUUCUCGACAGCGCCAAGAAGCAACCAGACGCGCCGCAACACGGCUACUCGCUAGCUAGCGAUCCCUCGCAACAACCUGCCAUCCGUCACUUCGGCCUGUCACUACUAGAGUUUGCUCUGCGCUAUAGAUGGGAGGACUAUGGCCAGAACGAGGCCGAUACUCUCCGUAGCUGGAUCCUCAACCUCGCCCAGAACGUGUCCGAAUCCGACCCUCAAUACUUCCGCAACAAAGUAGCCUCACUAUGGGUCGAGGUUGCCAAAAGAUGCUGGGGUGCAGAUUGGUUAGAUAUGGAUGCUCUCCUGGUAGCCUUGUGGGAGACAUCAGACAACAGCAAGCAGCUUGUAUACAGGCAGAUGGUGCUAUACAUACUUGAGUGUCUGUCCGAGGACAUCUGCAACAGAGAAGACCCAGUCGCUGGCCUUCGACAAGAUGUCUUGGGCCAAUGCUUGAACGAGAUUGUCAUCCCCAGUCAAUUGUAUACAGACCAUCUCGAAUCGCGUGGCAGCUCGCAGAACGUGCGCCAUACUCAAGACGGUUGGCUUUCCCGCAUGUGCGCCUUUCUCUUCCAGUGCUCUACAGUUAUCCAGCAAGGCGAUCAACGGGUCGUCGUCUCUGCCACAAAGACUCUCGAAGCUUUGAGACCAACGGUGACAUGGCUUAGCUUGAGAGCCUUGACCGAGACCCAGUGUGCUCAAUCUCUGUACAAGAUGCUUGCUGCUGGUGAUGCUACUGUGCAGACUGCCAUCUUGAGCCGUCCGUACAACGAACAUUUCCGUGAAUCGUGGUCUCAAAUCAUGCUUUCUGUACUGCAACUUGAUCACAUUGAGCUGCUCAAGAACAUUCACCUCAGCUGCAAUACCUCCGCCGACGAUAUCGAUGAGCCUAAGUACACUCUGCAGAAGAAGCUAUCCGAGGUGAGUCCUGUCCUGAUCACCCCAAGUAUAAGCAUGCUAACUUCAGUANNGGUUUUAUCAAUCUUGGGAGACGCUGCUGCUUCUAAUCCAUCAAUUCUUGCCAUGCCCGAAACUUGCGCUGCCUUAAUUGACGUAAUGAUGCUCGCUUUCCAGCAUGACAGCCUUCUUGUUUCCAUUCCUGUCUUGCACAGUUUCACUAAGCUUCUAGUCGCGAAAAGUCCGACCAUCUCGAGUACCAUGAGUCAAAGAGUAGCCAUUCUUUUGGGAACCUGCAGUCAACGUCUUAUCAAGUACGAGUCACUCUCACACGAAGAGCUGCCGGUAAUCCUGUAUCUGAACGAGGAUUUCGAGAACCCUCCAGAGCUUCAUUCCUUCCUUGGCAACUAUCGGAGAUACUGCAUUACAGUCAUCGAGAACAUUGCUUACCACAUGCCGCAAGAAGCUGUUGGUCACAUACUAGAUCAGACGGUGCAGAUGGUCGACACAAUCUGCCAAGAGUUCAGACCACCCUUCCCAUCUACUGGUCCUUCNAAAACACCAAUUCCCGUGCUGCAAUUGGAGUCCCAAGCAUCCGUUCUUAGGAGUACGAUGAAUGGCUUCAUCCAAUGGUAUAGCAAAGCUUCACGGCCAGAGUCGAAGUCUGAUCAGCAUACCACUAACAACAUUUACGGUGUGACGCUCACGAAUUUGCGAGACUUCUGUUACAAGUUGAUGACUCUAAAACCACAACAUCCUGAGAUAGCCCGCCUUACAACUCAUAUUGCGGUCAAUGUUCUGGUGAAGACGUUGCAAGGACAGCCUGAAUUGGUUGUCAAAAUUCUGGACUACUGCUUGAGCCUACAAUAUCCUGACGACGGGUCCAACAAGGACUACUCGGCUGCUGUCAAGAACUUCCAAGGAGCACGUUUGGGUGAGAUGCAAAGAAUCGCCAUGUCUUUCCCAGACUAUCUUCUUGACGUCUAUUCUGAUCUGGAGGCCCGGGUCAACACUCUGAUGUCUGCCGAGGGCGCUGAUGAGCGCACCAGAUGGGGUCUCCAGGCAUUCUUGUUCAUCGUUGUACAUCGAGCAUCUGCCGUUGAUUCUCAAGCGCGGCUUGCUCGUCUUCAACAGAUCAUCCAGCCUGUGGUAGAGACUUGGCAAGAUCCUCAAUUAACGGAAGCUUUGUCGACUUUCUCUGGUUUCUGUAGUGUUGUUGGUCUCGAAGGCUUGCCAGAGUACCUCACAGCCCAAAGAUAUGCUUCAGUCCAGGAUUGGCCCAGUCAACCUUUGGACCAGCAAGGCAAGGCUCGUCAAACAGACGUACAAAUGAAGGUCAUGCGCCUGCCUCUCAACGCCACCAAGAACCUCCUUGCAGCUACUACCGAGAAGCUGAAGGAGUCAUCACGUGAGUAUCAGAUUGGUGCCCAGGUUUGGGGUCCUGCAAUUCAAGCCAUGCUUUCAAACGUACUGCAAAUGACCAGACACGCGACUUCAUUCCCUAACAACAGCAACUGGUCAAACUUCCCUCCCGAGCUGCAGAUGGUGAUGCAGAAGAUGCUUGUCGACAGGUUCUGGCAAGCAGGCAUCUCGAACGAAAGCAGAGAUGAAUUCUAUGCUCGCAUCGCUGAGAGUGGUGAUACAUAUGAGGGUUUCGCCUCUGCUAUUCGCGGUAUUCCUCGACAAAUUCGCGACUGGUGCUACCACAUUAUCUACGGCAUGACGAGAUUUGAAGAAGAGUUCUUCGGUCUCAAGGAGCUGCCUGUGCCAUUGGCUGAGGCAUUGCUUACAGACGCUUCGUCCUUAUCCACGCAUCACUUGCAAAGACUCAUCGCAUUGGUGGAACGACUCGUCCAGAGAUGUCCGCCACAUCACAGAAAACACUUUAUGCCUCCGAUACUAGCCUUAUUCUUCUCGCAAACCGACAAGAAGAUCAGUGCUGAGUGGGAAGUGAUCGAAAGGUCGAGCACACAGUCUGUCGAAGGAGAAGAUCAAUUGAACGACGAGAUGAAGGCUGAGAGCGUACUGCGUGCAACAACCUAUGCAGUCGUCAAUUUUGCCUCGACUAUCCUCGAUCAACGAGCAGCAGGUUUGUGUUCCCCCUAUGUCCCUAUUGAUGCACGCACACUUACACGUACAGAUGUCACUUCCGUUACCCAACCUCAAUCUUCACAGUUCACCAUGCGCACUCUCAUUCUUUCCGAACCUUCCAUCCUUGAACCUCUAAUCCUCUUCUGCACUCACGCCCUGCGCAUGCGCGAUUCACGCUGUUGCACCCUCAUCUGCCGUCUCCUGCGCUCUAUCCUUCCAACCUUUGUCGCCGAAGCUCCGCCAGCACCUCAAGUCCGCGAGUUUAUCAGCACAGAAGUCCUCAAGGCUUGCAUUACCUCGCUCAACGAGCCUUACUUUGUCGACGUGCAACGAGAUCUCGCAAACUUGAUCGCCAACAUCGUGGCGUUGUACUCUCCUCAUUCUUCUACGGCCAGGAAUGUGCUUCUUAGUCUCNNCCCUGACAUGGGUCAGCAGAAAGUGGAUCAAGCGAUUGAAAAGAUCGUGGGUACUAGCAGUGAACGCACGCAAAGGAUUCUGGUAUUAGAGUUGUUGGAGGGAGUCAGAGGUGUUUCUAUCCAUGAAGCUGGAAAGAUCGACAGGAGAGAUACCAAGGCUAAGAGAAGUGCGAUGCAACAACAGUAUAUGGAGGUCGAGCAAAAGCCUGCUGGAGGUAANAGGGAGCAGAGUCCGAAGCUGGAAGGCAUGGCUGAGAUGUUUGGCGGAGAUUAG